AUAAAGACCCUCCGCAGGGGACUCUCAGCUGCUCUGCCUUCUGCCCCUCCGACGUGACCAGCUUUGCCUGCCUGUGGCCCCCCGUCCCCCCGUCUCCGCCACGAUGCCCCCCAAAAAACCUGAGCCGAAAAAACCUGAGCCCAAAAAGGAAGAACCCAAGGCCGCCCCGAAACCAGCCCCUCCACCACCUGAGCCAGAACGCAAAGAAGUGGAGUUUAACCCAGCCAACGUCAAACUGGAGUUCAAUAAUGAUCAAAUUGAAGAAUUCAGGGAGGUCUUUGAACUCUUCGACCGGACUCAAAAGGGCGAACUGAAAAUCACUUACGGGCAAUGUGGAGAUGUCUUGAGGUCCUGCGGCCAGAACCCCACCCAGGCAGAAGUCCACAAAGUCCUCGGACGCCCGAAACCAGACGAGAUGAACAGCAAGAUGCUGGACUUCGACACGUUCCUGCCCAUGCUCCAGCACAUCGCCAAGACCAAAGACACGGGCACCUUCGAGGACUUUGUGGAGGGCUUGCGCGUCUUCGACAAGGAAGGGAACGGCACCGUGAUGGGAGCGGAGCUGCGCCACGUCCUGGCGACCCUCGGAGAAAGAUUAACCGAGGACGAAGUUGAUAAAUUGAUGGCCGGUCAAGAGGACUCCAAUGGGUGUAUCAAUUAUGAAGCCUUUGUGAAACACAUCAUGGCAAGUUAAAAUGGCAGGAUUGUUUUCUUCCAUAAGUGACGGAGGUUUUGGAUGUCUUCGGAUGGACUUCCGUCCUUCUGGAACCAAAUUUUAAACUCCACCUAGUUACUCCUCACUCCAACCCUACUAUCUUUUCCUGUCCUCCCUGCCUGCCUCUGAGGAAGACUUCCGCUACUCUUCGUGGGGACUUUGCAACAUCUAAGUUCUCUGCAGGACACAAUUUGCAAUUACAUUGCCUGUACUACCUGUAGUAGUGAAUGAGUUGUUUACUACUCUGAAAAUUGGUCCUUGCAACGAUUAAAAGUGCUGAA